AUGAAGUUUAUGUCGUUUCUCGUUAAAGGAAUUCGCAGUGUAACAAGAAAAACACCGAUUACUGAGUGUUUAUUUGUAGGUGGGACUUUCCUUCUUCCGUAUGCUGUAUAUUCAAAGAGAGAACUUUUAAGUAAAAGACUAUUUGUACAUGCUGCGUGCGCUACUAGAUUUGCUCCUCAAGGAUCUGUUGUUAGUGAGACUAAGUCACAUGCUCUAUUCCUGACCAUUCACUUGGAUCCCCAGGCAUCACCGCAAGAAUGUUUGAAGUCUAUCGGACAAAUCAAGAAAUAUGUUGAUGCAAUUUGUCCACCUGACUCACGAAGUGAAGAAGAUGAGAUUCUAUACGGUGUUGGCUUUGGAUUUGAAUUUCUACAAAAAAUUAACCCUAAUUAUCAGUCUAGAGGAAUUAAUAAUUACGAAUACCGUGAACGGUCAGGAAACCUUGGUAAAUUACCUAAAACAGAUGGAGAUAUAUUUAUUCAUGCUAAAUGUCAUGAAUAUGGUAAAUUGUUUGAAUUGACACAAGCUAUUAUCAACAAUUUACCAAAUGGAUCUGUAAUCAAAUUUGAAGAUAUCUACGGAUGGGUUUAUCGUAAUGGACGAGAUUUGAGUGGUUUCAUUGAUGGCACAGAGAAUCCGGCAGAUCCUGAUGAACGAGCUGAAGUGGCGAUCAAUACAAAGACCGGUGGAAGUUACGCUGUUGUUCAAAAAUGGGUUCACAAUAUGGAUAUGAUUCGGACAACAAAAGAUCACACCAAAGAAGGAUGGAUUGGUCGAACAUUGAAAGAUAGUAUCGAGUUGAAGAAUAAACCUAUUACUUCUCAUGUCGCCAGAAUGGUUGGAUCUGCAGAUUAUGAUGCUCCAUCAAAGUACAAAAUAGUUCGACAAUCUCAACCAUACGGAACUUUAUCCGGCGAUGCUGGUCUACUAUUUAUUGCAUAUGCAGCUGACACAAAAAAUUUCGAUUUCAUGUUGGAUCGAAUGACUGGAGAUAGUGAAGAUCGAAAAAAUGAUGAUGUAAUGCGUUUUACCAAAUGUGUCACUGGGAAUUAUUGGUAUUUUCCUAGUGUACCAGAAUUUGAUCGUUUAGUUGGCGGUGGUCUAUGGGGAUUUUGGUGA